AUGCAACAUCAACGACAGCAGCAGCAGCAACAGCGGCCACAUCAGCAGCAGCUGCAACAGCAACAAAUACAACACAAGCUAGUGCGAUGCAGAAAUCUGCGAAGAAAUGUAGAAAUCGGUGCUAAGAAGAUUUGGCUGCCGCUUAUCAUUUUCCUUUCACUGCAGGUCGCCCUCAUCUGUGCGGACGAUGUGGAGGUGGUGAAGGCCAUUGCCGGUGGACCCGAUGAUGAUCUUACCAUUGCCCUGGGUGACCAUGAGAAUGAGCUGGAUCAGAUGGCCCAAGAGUCGGAGCAGGAACAGCAGCAACAACAGCAACAGCAGCAGCAACAGCAACAGCAGCAGCAACAGCAGCAGCAGCAACAUGCCCAGCAGCAGCAGCAGCAGUUGCCGCCUCAUCAGAUUCAAAUGCAAUUGCCGCAAUCGGUGCCCAAGGUGCAGGUUCAUUACCAACACAACAUGCCCCAGCCACCGCCAGGAGUCGGCCUCACCCUACGCAGCAAUCACCAGAACAUACCACUGAGCUUUGGCCAGCCCUUUGGACCGCCACCGCCACCAGGUGCCCAGUUCUAUAAGGGACCACCACCGCCGCCGCUCCAGCAACGUCCCCAGCCACCUCCGCCACAGGUUCAGAUCCAGGUGCAGCCACAACAGACCCAGGGACAGGUGCAGGUCCAAAGCCAGGGUAUGCAGCAGCAGCAGCAGAUCCAGGUGCCUCAGGGUGACCUCAGUGUGGGCGGUUCCAGCCAGAACGAGAUCUGGGCGGCACCUGUCCAGGACAUGCCCAAGAUCGUCUCACUGGAUGUCAAGUGCGAGAAGAAUGGCAUGAAGGUGUUCGUGCAAUUCGACAAACCCUUCAACGGCAUCGUCUUCUCCAAGGGUCACUACAGCAACAUGAACUGUGUCCACCUGCCCUCCGGUUUGGGACGCAGCUCCGCCAGCUUUGACAUCGGUCUCCACGAAUGCGGGACCGCUGGCAAUACGGAUAACUACAAUCAGGGCUAUGGUCAUGAUACGGCGGGCAGCACGGGCGCUGGUACAUAUUUCGAGAAUAUCAUUGUCAUCCAGUAUGAUCCUCAGGUCCAGGAGGUGUGGGAUCAGGCGAGGAAGCUCCGAUGCACGUGGCAUGAUCAGUACGAGAAGAGUGUCACCUUUAGGCCAUUCCCCGUCGAUAUGUUGGAUGUGGUGAGGGCAGAUUUCGCGGGCGACAAUGUCGGCUGCUGGAUGCAAAUCCAGGUGGGCAAGGGACCGUGGGCCUCCGAGGUCUCUGGCCUGGUGAAGAUCGGCCAAACGAUGACCAUGGUGCUGGCCAUCAAGGAUGAUGACUCCAAGUUCGAUAUGCUGGUGAGGAAUUGUGUUGCGCAUGAUGGUAAGCGAGCUCCAAUCCAACUGGUGGAUCAACGCGGCUGUGUCACCCGGCCCAAGCUCAUGUCCCGGUUCACCAAGAUCAAGAACUUUGGGGCCUCCGCUUCGGUGUUGUCGUACGCUCACUUCCAGGCCUUCAAGUUCCCCGACUCCAUGGAGGUGCAUUUCCAGUGCACCAUCCAGAUCUGUCGCUACCACUGCCCGGAGCAGUGCUCGGCGGACUCGAAUCUGGUGCAGGAUGUCCAUCACUUGCAGGUGGGACCGGAGUCGCAGUAUGGUCCGCCGCCGCCUCAGCUACAUGUGGAUGCGUAUCAUGUGGCCGCCGGUGGUUCAAUUGGCAAGCGGCGGGAUGAGCGACGAGUGCAGCGACGGGCCAGAUCGGUGGAGCCGCAGGUGGGCUUGAAUAGGAUCAUCAAGGUGGUGUCAUCCGGGGAUCUAACCUUUGCCAUCGAUGAGCAACAGCCGCAGGGUAUGACGAAUGGCAGUAGCUCCUCCUCCCUAUCCUCAUCCUCGUCCAGCCCUCAAACGUUGGUCUUUCCCGUCCGCGAGGAGGGUCUCAUUUGCAUGACCACGCCGGGCUUUGCCAUCACACUGAUCGUGCUGCUGGGCAUCCUGGUCACCUCCUGCCUCACCUCCGCCGUCCUCUAUGUCCGUCUGCGUCCGUUCUCGUCCUUUGCCGGGGCCAGGAGCGCCAAGGAGCGAGCCGUUGCCUUCACGAAUCCGCAGCUAUCACCGCUGCCGGUCAUCCAGCUGCCGACGCCAUCGCCCUCGCUGCCGGCGGAUGUCCAGGGUACGCUCUCCAAGAAGCGGGCGAUGUCGUGA